AAUUGAUGGACAACUAGUAUCAUUAAAUAUCAGUAUUAAUAUUACAUUGGACUGCACUGGUGAAUCUCCUGAGAAUGUUACAGUUACUAUAGAGUGUAAUGAAAUUGGUGUUGCAUUUACUAACACAUAUCUAGUGGAAUAUGCUAAACGACCAAUGGAUAUAACAGGAUCAGUACCAGUGCCAUUAUAUCAACAUUGUAAUAUCAGUAUUGUAUUCAUUAAUGAGGCUGGUAGUAGUGAACCAUUUAUACUAGCAUUUAACACUACUCCUACACCAUCGCCUACGGGUACUUCACCUCCUGAUCUAUUACCAGAAAUUAUUGGAGCUACUGUUGGUGGUGCUGUACUACUGAUAAUAAUAAUAGUGAUAGUGGUGGUGGUUAUAUGCUGUAAAAACAGUAUCUCUUCUUUUAUCAAUAUUAUUAUUAGCUUAAUAGGAAGGGCUGGAGUAGUCUGGUCCUGCCUCUUCGCUAUGAUUUUCAAAGGUCAAUGAUUGUUCAUUGCUUCAUAGUGCUUCAAGUGAUGUGACAUUCAUAGCAAGGAGUGUGGAAAUACAGUUAAUGUAUUGCAAAUUUGUCAUAUAAUUCUAUUUAUUCAUAUCUUAUUCAUUGAAAAUGUCUUAUAAUGAUUAUAUAAUACAAUAAGAACAGUAAAAAGAGAAGGAAGAAGGGAAAAGUGCAAUUCAACAACAAAAAUACUGUUUAUAUGAAACAACAAUAAAAUUGAACCGAUAUGCAUGUUUCAUGGCAUCCAGACAAACUUGUAGCAUAUUACCCGGAUACCUUUCACUAAGAUGCCUCUUCAGAAUCAAUAAGACGCUGGAUGCUACCACUCUAUAGCUUGUUUUUCAGCAUUCUCUCCACAACUCUUGAAAAGUCGCCAUUUUGAUAAUUGGGGCGAGCAUGAGCGAGACCCACACUAAUCUGUCUAGGUCUAUUUGCGUUACGUCUUGUUUGUGAACGGAAAAAUACGAAAAUUAAAUU